UGAAAUAAAGGCUGUGGAGCCCUGAACAUGCGGUCCUGUAGCUUUUGACACCGGAGGCAUUUUACAGGCUGCGCUAGAAGUUUGGCGUGGUGGUGUGUCUGGGCUGUCGGUCGGUCUUUAUUCGGGACAUUCGGGCUAUUUUUGGUUCGACGCCGCUCCAUUUCUCUAAAACAUGUGGAAAUGUCUGUCUCUGCCAAAGUUCCGUUUUCACGCCUCGGCCACGGCGCUGAAAAAGGCGCCGCUGAAGCUGAAGGGAAAGAGCGGCGCCGAGCAGCGGUGGCUCGUCAGACAGCUCGGCGAUCCUUUCGUGAAAGCCGCUCAUUCCCAAAACUACCGCUGCAGGAGCGCCUUCAAACUACUGGAGAUCGACGACAAGUACGACGUGCUGAGACCCGGCCUGAGCGUUGUAGACUGCGGAGCUGCGCCUGGAGCGUGGAGCCAAGUGGCAGCGCAGAGAGUCAAUGCAGCGGGGGAGAGGCCAGAUUUACCCAGAGGAAGUGUCAUAGGAAUCGAUCUGCUGCACAUUGCCCCUCUGGAAGGUGCACACUUCUUGUCCAAUCAGGACAUCACUGAUCCUGCCACUCAUGCAGCGCUGCAGAGACUCCUUCCUCAAGCCCAAGCCGAUGUCAUCCUCAGUGACAUGGCACCCAACGCCAGCGGGCUCAGAGAGCUAGACCACGAAAGACUAGUGAGCAUGUGUCUUUCACUUUUGGAACUGGCUGACAAGAUCCUGAGGCCGGGGGGCUCCCUGGUGUGUAAAUACUGGGACGGAGGGCUCACGCAUAAGCUCCGGGACGGUCUCGCUCGUGCUUUUCGGGACGUGAGGACUGUGAAACCCAAAGCAAGCAGGAAAGAGUCAUCAGAACUUUACUUCCUGGCCAGGACGUUCAGGAACACAUAGUGUUAUUCUUCACACACUCAAAAAUAAAGAGAUUCAGAUGUAUGUGUUGAACACCAUAUAGAACCAAUUCACUGUUUAGACACAGCUACUCAGAAGGGUUUUCCCUGUUCUUUCUGUUUUCCAUGUUGUGGAAUUGUAGUAAAGACAAAACUAUGCAAAAAUUACUUCAGUCGGAAAUAACAAACAGCACUGUUUAGACCCAGUUUGUCUUAAGUGUAUUAACGAGGAUAGAUAUUCUACUAAUUAGCUUUUAACCAGUAAUAACAGUGAUGCAGUGCCUCCAAAAAUAUUUGGCCUUUUUUUGCCAUUUAACCAUUUAACCUUGAAGGAAUGAUUGGGCUAUUUUUGAUGAAAUAUUCCUGUAAUAAGGUUCUAUAGGUUAAUUCAGGUUUAAUAAAGAGUUUUGUUUAUGUGAAGUCCUGAAGAAGAAUUCUAAGAGGAACUGCGAAUCACAGAGAUGAAAAGGUUUAGAGCAGUUUUUCUUGGUGUUGAUGAGCUUGUAUUCACUAUUGGAAUCACAAACUCAGAAGCUUAUUAAGGCAUUUUUCAAUGCAGGCCUGCAGAAGUCUGCAGAGAAACUGCUCAAACAAUAACGGUCUAAAAACCCAGUCUGUUGAAAAUAAAUGCCACUUUGGUUUGACGUGUCA